AUGUCUUUGGCAGACGAAUUACUUGCAGACUUGGAUUUCGCGGACUCUCGUGAUGAGGGUGCCGAAGAAGAGAACGAUGAAUUAGGUGACGUUAGAAUGAGAGAUCUAGAAGAAACGGAAGAAGAGUACAUGGAAGACGAAGAAGAGGCAGGAAAGCAGCAAUUUCAAGCUGAAAUGACAAACGUCAUGGACGUAAGAAAAGUCGCAAAACUACUUGGAUCGAGACAAAUGAAAGAUGUGCUGACUAAAAUGGAACAAUUGAAAAAUACAAGAAGAGAUCAUAACCAAAUAUUGGGACCUGUUGAGGAAGACCCCGAAUAUAAACUUAUUGUGCAGGCGAAUAAUUUGACCGUAGAUAUUGAUAGUGAAAUUCUUGUUGUUCAUAAGUUUAUACGAGAUCAUUACGCGAAAAAGUUUCCGGAACUUGAGUCCUUAGUGCUCAAUCCAUUAGAUUAUACAAGGGCUGUUAAAGCUAUAGGAAAUGAAAUGGAUUUGACCAAAAUCGAUUUGAGGUCCAUACUUCCAUCGGCAACCGUCAUGGUUGUAACGGUAACGGGAUCUACUACUAACGGUCAAUCAUUGACGGAGGAAGAAAGUAAAAUCGUAAGUGAUGCAUGUGAUAUGGCCCUAGAAUUAGAUGCCGCCAAGCGAACGAUUUUAGAAUACGUGGAAUCUAGAAUGACACUUAUUGCACCCAAUCUUUCGGCCAUUGUCGGCAGUACUACUGCAGCAAAAUUAUUGGGACAAGCCGGUGGAUUAUCGGCUCUUUGCAAAAUGCCGGCUUGUAAUGUGAUGUUAAUUGGCUUUCAAAAAAAGUUGAGUACUGGGUUUUCCAACGUGACGACACCAAGACACACGGGUUACUUGUUCCAAUCAGAUUUGAUUCAGCGAACUCCGCCAGAUCUUAGAAUAAAGGCACAAAAAAUUGUUGCAGCAAAAUGUACAUUGGCAGCUAGGAUGGAUCGUACUCAUGAGUCUCCCGAUGGUUCAUUUGGUAGAACAUUGAGAGAACAAAUUGACAAGAAAUUAGAAAAAUUGCAAGAACCGCCCCCAACGAAAACAGUCAAGCCUUUGCCCGUUCCUGAUGAGGGGCCGAAGAAGAGAAGAGCGGGAAAAAAAGUACGGAGGAUGAAAGAAGCGUAUGCUGUCACAGAGCUUCGCAAGGCGCAAAACAGAAUGGCAUUUGGUGUGGCUGAAGAUGAAACGGGAUCGUUUGAUAAAACUAAGGGACUCGGCUUAAUUGGACAAAGCUCAGGAAAAAUUCGUGCCGCCGUUGCUGAUCCAAGAGUUAAAGCUAAGGCACCCAAAAGGCAUCAAUUUAUGGGUUCUUCUGGUGCUACCUCCGGCUUAUCUUCUUCUUUGGCAUUUACCCCUGUACAAGGAAUUGAAUUAAUUAAUCCUGAUGAGGCUCAAAAGAAAGCGAGGGAAGCAAAUGAUAGAUACUUUGGUGGUGGUGCAUUCUUGAAAGUAGGCAAGCAAACUUAG